AAGUUCACUUCCUCUCCCUCCCCGCCGUCUCUUCUCUGUCCCUGUUCUCUCGCCCUCUCUUUGCCCUGGUGCGCAACCCCCCGACAGCCUCCCUCCCAUUUCGCUAUCUCUUUCUCUCUGUCUUCUCUCAUCUCUCCGUUUCUCAUCUCUCUGCUACAUCUCUAGGGAACCACUCCAGCCAGUCGGCGUUUGUCGUCGGCUUCGUGGCGAUUGUAGCGGCAUCAUUGUGCCGAGCACCUCCUAGUCUCUCGUCUCCGUGCAUCCUCAUUCAUACUCCGCCGCCGCCGCCGCCACCAUACUCUGCCGUUAUCUUCUCGGUUAGGGUUCCGCCUCACUCCGAGACACACACACACACACACACACACACCACCUUAUUCUGCACCCCCAUUCUCUCUCUCUCACCUUGUCAUCAGCCACAGUCGCGCCACAAGCACACCGCCAACCACCAACCGCAGUUAAGACAGAAGCAACAGAUUGCAAUAUUGGAGCAACCAUCGGCACACGUGCAAACAGUCAGCCACCGAGAGGAACAAGCGAGCACUGUGAAGGUCAAGCCCGAGCUCAUCUCACCAGACCGUAAAUCAGCCCUUUCUGUCGUCAAUUAUCGCACGGAGAUUUAAUAGAGGCUGUUGCAUCAGGUCCGUGGUGAUGCUGCGAGGAACACUAGCUAUAUAAUAAGUCUUCAAUUCAUUCAAUUUAUUGUUGAGUCACUUGUGCUUCAUUCUUUGUGGAAAGCUGAAGCUCAAGGGCCCGAACUUAGGGGAUUCACUUUAAUUCGGGAAGAAAGAUCUGGCCCGGGCCAAUUGAGGUAAGCAGGCCCUGAUAGUUACACAAGGAGUCUCCCCAUGUACCUGACCAGACUUGAUCCCUAUCCUAAACAGUGGCGUCGUGUAAAUUUCUAAAACCCUAAAACUCUACAAUUUCGACUUGCUUGGCUUCCUCUUCUGGAAAUCUCCUGUGCUUCUACUUCUAGCAAUCACGAUGCUCUCUCGUCUCCUCCCCAAAUCCUCACAUUUCCGUCUCCUAACUUUAAUUUCCACCAAAUCCCAUCCUUAUCUCCCCAACCCUCAUUUCCCCCCAAACCCUCACUUCUCUCCCCUCCUCAAAUUCUUUUCUGAUCACAGCAACGGCAACAAUGGCAAAUUCGAUCAAUCUGCAUCGACUCCAUGGAAUCUUUCACGUGAUAGUGAUGGUAAGCCGGACCAAUUCUUCACCCAAGACUCCGGACUCUCUCCCCCUAGUGAGGAUGAUCAAUCGUGGUUGAGAUCGAGCGAGGAGAAGACGAAUGCCGAGGAGGAGUGGACCACUGCUGAGGGUUAUAAACCCUGGAGCUUCGUCGAGGAGGAGAGCAGGGACGAUGUGUUUGAUCUAAAGGAGGAGGGUGUGCAGGGGGAGCUUGGUGACACUGAGGUUGAGAGUAGUUCUAGUUUUGAUGAUGGUGCAGAUAGGGACCGUCGUGAGGAGGCUAUGAGGCUUGAGAGGGAGGAGCAGGAGCUCAGUGCUAUACUCAAAGGUCCAAAUCGUGCAUUUGGUGACCUUAUUGCUGCAUCUGGAAUCACUGAUGAAAUGCUGGACAGUUUGAUUGCACUGAAGGAUUUUGCAGGGAUUGAGGGACUGCCGCCUUUAAGUGAAAUAGAGGAAAUGCGUUAUGAGAAAAAUACAAGAAAAAUCACAAGAGCUGAAAUUGAGCGCCAGAAGCAAGAGGAAGUUGCCAGAGCUAGAGUGAGACAAGUAGACGAGAAGGGAAGAGCCUAUGGAACUGGGAGAAGGAAAUGCAGUAUAGCCCGGGUCUGGAUUGAACCUGGGGAUGGAAAAUUCGUAGUUAAUGAUAAACAAUUUGAUGUCUAUUUUCCCAUGCUCGAUCAUCGUGCUGCUCUCCUGCGACCUUUUUCUGAGACAAAGACCUUGGGCCUUUGGGAUGUCAACUGUACUGUGAAAGGAGGUGGUGUCUCAGGCCAAGUUGGAGCAGUUCGAUUGGGGAUCAGUAGGGCCUUGCAAAAUUGGGAACCAGAUAUGCGUCCUGCACUCAGAGCUGCCGGUUUCUUGACGAGGGACUCACGUGUGGUCGAAAGGAAAAAACCAGGCAAAGCAAAAGCAAGAAAGAGCUUCCAAUGGGUCAAGCGAUAAUUAUUUUCCGGUAUGCUUCUAUAUAUGCAGGACCUGUUUUUAUAUGGAACUUCAAUUUUGCCGCAUGACGACAAUAACUUUCUGAGAUAAAGUUGUUUGGCCUGGUGCCUCCUCCUAUAAUUUUAGAUUGUAAUUCGAGUGUGUGCUCCCCCUGCUAGAAUUUUUUUAGCAAUCGAAAUUUAGCAUUUUAGCCUUUUUUUUUUUUUUAAUAAAUGAAACAUCUGUUUGCUCUUCA